AUGGCAAGGUUUGUACUGAUGUUGCUGCCGCUAGUCGCGGCGGCUUUAUCGUCUGACUCGGAUACGUGCAAUCCGGAUAAGAUGACCGUUUACAGAAUGGUGCUACACACCUAUUGGACGAGGGAGAAGUUUCCUAAGCAUUACCCGGACUGGAGGCCGCCUGCUCAGUGGUCUAAAAUUUACGGUGUAUCCCAUAGUCGCUCCUAUGUAUUAUUCCGGUUGGGUCGUCGUGUAUCAGCGCCAGUUAGACAGUUCGCAGAAUCUGGUCGUUCGGAUGCUUUGGGUUCGAGUCCAGGAACGAUGGAUGUGUUCGGAGCACCUGCUAUCGGCCAAGGCGCUGGGCGUACUGAAGCGGAGUUCUUUGUAGAUGGAAAUCAUUCUAGGGUAUCAGUAAUGGCACGAAUGAUUCCAUCUCCAGACUGGUUCAUUGGAGUCGACAGCUUUGAUCUUUGCGUCGACGGCAAUUGGCUGGACAGUAUUACUAUAGAGGUGGACCCCCUAGACGCGGGCACGGACAACGGGUUUACCUUCACAGCGCCUAACUGGCCGACCGCCCCUCAGGGGGUCGCGUAUCGUAUAACAUCAAAGUACCCGUCACACCCCGCAGGCUCCUUCUUCUACCCACAUCUUAGAAGGUUGCCGCCGAUAGCCACUUUUCAGUUUAUAAAACUCCGUGAAUACGAGCUCUCCGAGGUAUUUCACCGCGACAGCGACGACCGACGAUACGACGUGCUGCAACUCGACAAACUAAAUCACAACAAGAUAGAUAUGCUCGAUGGUAACAGGGCUUUAUCUAUUGCUGAGGAAGUGGAGCGAGCUGAGGCACCCAGGAUUUACUCUGAAGGAUCUCUUACUACGCCAGAUAGUGCUUACUCGUAUUAUUCUAUUUCAAACAACUCAGCCACGACCGACGAGCCUCGGUCAGCGAACGAGCUUCCCACAUCGGGACCGACGGCGAGCGAGCGGUCGGCGCUGCGCAGUCUCGCGCGAAGGUACCGCGCGAGACGACGUCGCAAGCUGCGCGCGGAUAACACCGACCCAGCGGAACGGAGAAAGCGGAAAAGAGCGAAGCUGCUAGACUGCCGUGUAUCGGAAUGGGGAGAGUGGAGUCCGUGCAGGAACGAUGGAGGCUGCGUUGGAUCGGCGCUACGAACAAGGAGGAUCAUCCGUCGACAGCGGCCCGGCGGCAGCGCGUGCCCGCCCACGGCCCAGUCCCGGUGGUGCGCCUUGAACUGUUCCACCCCAGUACUGAAGGACGAUUGGAGGAAUAACCUCACG